AUGGAAACGUUAGAAGGUCGAAAACGUCAUGGAGGAUGUAUGAAAUUUCUCGGUGAAUAUUGGGCUCUUCUUAUCAAAAUGCUUCUCUUAACAAAACGUAAACGUGGUCAAACCAUAGCAGAAUUCCUUCUUGCAUAUAUAUUUUUGGCUCUUCUACUUGGUAUGCGAUAUCUUCUUGAUCGUAACUAUUAUCAAGCACGACAAAUAACACCAUUUCUUCCUCAUGAGUCAAUGUUAAGUAAUAGUACAACUGCUAAUAUAACAUAUUAUUAUCCUUACAGUGUAUGUACGGAUACAAUUGUAAGAACUGCUGUUAACAAUCUAGCACAGAAUGUUCCUGGUUUUCCUACUACCGUUCAAUCGAUUACGGAUCCAACUUUAUCAUCUCUAACAAAUUCAACAUUGGAAACAAUUUUUGCAUUUGUUUAUUUUACUAAUAUUGAUAAUUCAUGUGCUACUGCUGUUUCAAUACCAGAUCAAGUUCAAUAUACAUUACGCAUGCAAGAAAAUGGCCUUACAUAUUAUCGUGCUCAACAAGUUAAACUUUAUGAAAGUGAUUAUUUUUGGAAACGUUCACCAGAAGAUUAUUGUCAAGACAAUAAAACGAUGCUUAAUUAUACAACUCAAUUUUUAGGUGUUCAAUAUUUUAUUGAUUUAUCAAUUAUUGAAUAUGCAACUAACAUCAAUCAGAGUAUAUCAAGUAUUUAUAUGUAUCAUUUCGGUUGUCCUGAAGUUUAUUUGGAUCAGCUUCAUUCGGGCUUUAAUUUCUUUGUUCCAUUAUUUUAUUCUAUUAUCUAUGUCGUAACAUUUAUUUUGAAUGUUGGAUACAUCGUCGAAGAACGUGCGAAUAAAACUAAGGAAUAUUUACGAAUCUUCGGUCUUCGUACUUGGGUCAAUAAUCUAGUUUGGGUAACACGAUCAAUGUUAAUUUAUUUCAUAUUAACUUGUAUUUCGACUCUAUUGAGUAAAGUUGCUUUUAAUGGUUCAAGUAGUCAAUGGAAUAGUGCUAGUAAAGCUGUUUUUAAUAAUACACAUUGGACAGUUCUAUGGACAGUCUUAUUUGUUUAUUCCAUUCAAGUAUCGACAUUUGCUGUUUUUUUUGGACAACUUUUUAAACGAACUUUAUUAGCCAAAUUAAUUGGUUUGAUUAUUUGGAUUUUAACAUUUAUCGAUUAUUAUUCGCGUGCACCAGUUGGUCUUCGAUAUUUUCUAUGUUUAUUUCCAAAUGCUGGUCUUUUAUUUUGUAUACAAGUUAUGGAACAAUAUGAACGUCGAAGUAGUGGUAUGGUUACAUAUGGAGAACUUUACUCAAAUAUAUUUGAAUAUCGAUUAUAUAUUGGUCUUUGUCUUUUGCUUAUGUUAAUCUAUUCUGUAAUUUAUAUGUUUCUGGCUAUUUAUGUUGAACGUGUCAAUCCUGGUGAAUUUGGUAUUUCACAACCAUGGAAUUAUUUAUUUAAAAAGUCUUAUUGGACAUCAUCAGCAGUAGUACGACCAUCUGAUAUUGGAAAUAAUUUUAGUAAAAUCGACAAUGAUAUAUCGAAUAAUAAUCAUUGGAUUGAAAUGAAUAAUAUUGAGAAGAAAAAAAAUCCAUCUAUGAAAAUAGAUCAUUUAACUAAAACAUUUAAAAAUGUUCAAGCUGUUUCAAAUCUUUCACUUGAUUUUUAUCCUGGUGAAGUAUGUACCUUGUUAGGACAUAAUGGUGCGGGAAAAACAACUACAACGUUUAUUCUUGUUGGAAUGUUAAAACCUACAUCUGGUAGUGUAACUAUUCAAGGAUUAGAUAAUCAAAUACAUAUUGAAGAAGUUCGACAUUAUCUCGGUUUUUGUCCACAAUAUGACAUUCUUUACGAUGAAUUAUCUGUUGAAGAACAUUUAGAAUUAAUUGCUAAAAUGCGUCAUCUAGAUAAACAAUUAAUGAAAGAAUCAAUUGAAAUAAUUCUUAAUUUAAUUGGAUUAACUAAUGAUCGAAAUACUUUAUCAAAAGAUUUAUCAGGUGGAAUGAAACGUCGAUUAUCAAUUGGAAUUUCUUUAAUCAAUAAUCCAAAAGUUAUUAUUCUUGAUGAACCAACAAGUGGUAUUGAUCCUUAUAAUCGCCGUCUUAUAUGGGCUAUUAUUCGAAAAUUAAAACUAACAGGAAAAUGUGUAUUAUUAACAACACAUUUUCUUGAAGAAGCCGAUGUUUUAUCUGAUCGUAUUGCUAUUAUGAGUAGAGGUCGAUUACAAGCUAAUGGUACACCAGAUUUUCUCAAACAACGAACAGAUUUUGAAUAUCGAUUAUUAGUGGAUAAACAAGAAGAAUGUUUUAGUGAUCGUAUAACACAAUUUAUACAAGAAUAUGUUGGUAAUGUUGUUUUAGAACGUGAAUCAGCUGCUGAACUUGUUUAUGGUAUAAAACGUGGUGAAUCAAAACAAAUUGAACUAUUAAUUAAUGCACUCGAUCAAAAUAAACAAACAAUUGGAAUUAAUUCUUAUGGUUUAUCAAUGACAACUAUUGAAGAUGUUUUUCUUCGAUUAGUUCAAGAAGAAGAUGAAAAUGAUCCAACUCAAGAGAAUACAAAACGUCAAUUAGAUGAUCAAGUUUUUCGUAAACAAUAUCAACGUGUUUAUGGUUUUGAUCUAUUUUGGACUCGUGUGCGGGCAUUAUUAAUUAAACGAUGGCAUGUUUCUCGUCGACAAAUUAGUUUAUUUUUAGGCUUUUUUCUACUAUCAAUAAUAGCUGAAAUACUUUUUGUUUCUGCUGUACCAACACCAAAAGAAAUUCAAACAUCACUUUCAAAUAAUCCACGUGUUACUGAUGCUCAAGUAACAUUAAUUCCAUCAAUUUAUAAUUCACAAACCAUAGUUGCAUAUGCAAAUAGUAAUACAAAUAAUAUCCAAACACGUCUUAUUAAUUAUUUAACAGAUACAGGUGCUACUAUUGUUAAUAUAACCGAUGAUAAUGUACUUAAUUAUGUUAGAGCAAGAUAUUAUGAAUCGGAAGAUAUUUUUGUAAAUAAAUAUCAAUUAAGUUUUGCUGCAUAUAAUAAUGGAACAUCAUCAUCACCAUCAUUAAGAAUGAAUGCAUAUUUUUCAACAGUUAAUUUUCAUACCAUGCCAACAAGUUUAGGUGUUGCAGCAACAAAUCUCUAUCAAUUCUAUGCUAAUUCAUCAUCAAAAAGUAUUGUUACAAUAAAUAAACCAAUAAUAACAAAUCCAAAAUCUGGAUCUUAUCUUGCUGAAGUUAUAUCUGUUCUUUAUUGUUUUGAAGUAUUUCCAAUAUCAUUAUUUAGUUUUUUAAAUAGUAUUAUAGCAGCAAUAUUUAUUGGUAUUCUUAUAUUGACAUUAGUAACGGAACGUAUAAGUCAUUCAAAAGAUCUUCAAUUAUUAACAAAUUUAAAAAAACGAAUAUAUUGGUUUUCAAAUUGGAUUUUUGAUUUUGUAUUAUGUUUAAUUCUUAUUUCACUUUUAACGAUUGUUGUUAAAAUUGGUGCUAUAGCAAAUUCAAAAAGUGAUGCUGAAGUUCAUGUUUAUCAAAAUUCAUCAGCAACUGGUUAUUUUUUUUUUAUGUAUCUUAUGUAUACAUUAGCAUCAUUACCAUUUCUCUAUGUAUUUUCAUUUAUUCCAAAUUCAUCAAUUAUGGGUUUUACAAAUUUUUUUAUUAUAAAUAUUAUUACAUGUGUUAUUGAUGCAGUUGUUACUUCUUUUACUGUCUUUAUUAAAAAUGAUACACCAUCAGCAGGUCCUACUAAAGUGUAUACAAUUGUCAAUGUUAUUCGUUCAAUUUUUGCUGUUCUACUUCCAACAGUCAAUUUAAAACAGGCUCUUUCUAAUAUUCAACUACACGAAAAUACUGGAUGUAUAUCAGUAUACAAUUCAUUAAUAGGUACGAAAUUUUCUACAAAUGAUUCAUUGAUGUCAACUAGUAGACCCGGUGUUGGUGCACAAUUUAUUAUAUUUUUUGUACAAAUUAUAUUUUGGUGGAUAAUUUUAAUUGUGAUUGAAAGUCGUCGUAGAAUUCGACAAUGUUGUCACGGAUGUUGUUGUUGUGGAAAUGAUUUAGCAGAUUCAACAUUAACAGAUGAAUGGAAUGAUUCGCUAUUAGAUGAAGAUGUACGACGAGAACGUCAAUUAAUUUUGCAAGACAAUGAAAUGUCAAAAACAUCUGUAAUUGUUGUGGAAGAUCUUGUCAAAAAAUUUACAAAAAGAAAAGCAAAAUCUAGUGGUAAACAAAAUUAUCUAGCAGUUAAUCAUUUAAAUUUUCAUGUGCAAAAACGAGCAUGUUUUGGUCUAUUGGGGGCAAAUGGAGCAGGAAAAACUACAACAUUUCGUAUGUUAGUAAAUGAUAUUAAAUCAACAUCAGGCAAAAUAAUUAUCAAUGGAAAAAACAUGAACGAAAUGAAACGUGAUUUAGAAAUUGGGUUUUGUCCACAAUUUGAUUGGCUCAUAUAUGAUCUUACUGUUUCAGAAACAUUAACUUUAUUUGCCAGGUUAAAAGGUGUGGAAGCAUCAGAAAUAUCAGAAAUGUGUAAUAAUAUGAUAAAUAUAUUUGGUCUUGAAAUGUAUGGAAACCGUCAAGUACAAAAAUUAAGUGGUGGUAAUAAACGAAAAGUUAGUGCAGCUUUAGCAUUCAUGGCCAACCCAGCAUUAGUAUUUUUGGAUGAACCAACAACAGGUUUGGAUGCAGCUGCUAAACGAAAAUUAUGGAAAGUAAUUCGAGCUGCACGUGAUGUUGGUUUGACAAUUAUUAUGACAAGUCAUAGUAUGGAAGAAUGUGAAGCUCUAUGUACUAAAAUUGGUAUUAUGAAAAUGGGUCAAUUUAUGUGCCUUGGAAAUUUACAACAUUUAAGAAAUCGUUUUGGUAAUGGAUAUGCUGUCAAAGUAAAAGUAGCCGGUGAUAAUGUAGAUAAUGUCAAAGUUGAAUUAAUGUCAGAUUUACCAGGACUUGAAAUACAAGAUCAACAUAAUGAAGUGCUAUUUUGUAAUGUACCAUUUUCCUAUUCAUCAACAGAUGAAGAAAAUCCAACCAAAUUGCCUUAUAAUUUGGCGAGUGUGUUUGAAAUAUUGAAUGGAAAAAAAGAACAUAAAAUAAUUGAAUCAUAUUCAGUGACACAAACAACACUUGAACAAAUUUUUGUUCAACUUGCUGGUGAAGAUGAAGAUGCUUCAUCUGAUCGACGAGAUAAUAAUGAACAAACUAUUCCACCAACGACAACAAGACUGUAA